GGUCUCCACCGCCAGCCCUGGGACAGGGAGUCAAUCAUGAAAGCCGAGGCUCAAAGAGGCGAAGUCAUUUGCCCAAUGCCACCUGCCAGACAAUGACAUCUUCUGUCUCUUGGGGCUUCCUCCUGCUGGCAGGCCUGUGCCUCUUGGUUCCCAGCGGCUUAGCUGAGGAUCCCCAGGAAGACACUGCCCAGGAUACAUCCCAGCAUGAUCUCGACCACCCAGCCUACCUCAAGAUCACCCCCAACCUGGCCGAGUUCGCCUUCAGGCUGUACCGCCAGCUGGCCCAUGAAUUCAACACCACCAACAUCUUCUUCUCCCCAGUGAGCAUCGCUACGGCCUUUGCGGUGCUCUCCCUGGGGGCCAAGGCCGACACCCACACCCAGAUCCUGGAGGGCCUGAACCUCAAUCUCACGGAGACGCCCGAGGCUGAGAUCCAUGAAGCCUUCCAGUCCCUCCUCCACACGCUCAACAAGCCAGCCAACGAGCUCCAGCUGACCACUGGCAAUGGCCUGUUCAUCGCCGAGAAUCUGAAGCUAGUGGAAAAGUUUCUGGGAGAUGUCAAAAACCUGUACCACUCGGAUGCCUUCUCCGUCAACUUCAGCGACACUGAAGGGGCCAAGAAAUACAUCAACGAUUAUGUGGAGAAGGGAACCCACGGGAAAAUUGUGGAUUUGGUCCAAGAUCUUGACGAAGACACAGUUUUUGCCCUGGUGAAUUACAUUUUCUUCAAAGGCAAAUGGGAGAAACCCUUUAAGGCCGAGGACACCACGGAAGAGGACUUCCACGUGGACGAGGCGACCACGGUGAAGGUGCCCAUGAUGAAGCGCCUGGGCAUGUUUAACAUCCACCACUGCGAGAAGCUCUCCAGCUGGGUCCUGACCAUGGAAUACCUGGGCAACGCCACCGCCAUCUUCUUCCUGCCCGAUGAUGGGAAACUACAGCACCUAGAGAACGAACUCACCAAGGAGAUUGUGGCCAAGUUCCUGAAAAACAGAGAAAGAAGGUCUGCCAGUUUACAUUUUCCCAGACUGUCCAUUUCUGGAACCUAUGAUCUGAAGACAGUCCUGAGUAAACUGGGCAUCACUAAGGUCUUCAGCAAUGGGGCCGACCUCUCGGGGGUCACUGAGGAUGCACCGCUACGGCUUUCCAAGGCUCUGCAUAAGGCUGUGCUGACCAUCGAUGAGAAAGGGACAGAAGCUGCUGGGGUCACGACUGUGGAAGCCAUACCCAUGUCCAUUCCCCCCGAGGUCUCAUUCAACAAGCCCUUCCUCUUGGGAAUUUAUGACAGAAUCACCAGCAAUGCUAUCUUUAUGGGAAAAAUAGUUAAUCCCACCCUAAAAUAACUGCAUCUCCGGCUUCAGCCUCGCCCCUCCAGACCAGGCCCCUCCUUCUAUAACAUUAAAGAAGGGUUGACCCGGCCCAUUCCUAAGUGUGGCUGCAAACCCCU